UUAGUUCCCUCCGCGGCCGAUAGGUGUCAGCACCGCCGCCCGUCGUUUGUAAACACACGAGACACUCCCUUCGCUUGCUUCCUGGCCCCCCCGAUCCCGUUUAUUUAUUACGCUUUUUUCGGCUGUUUCCCGACGCUGGCCCAGGUUGUGGCUCAAGUACUGGAACUUCAAUUCACUACUAAUAACAGUGCCAGUAUGAACUCUGAGCAUAUACACAGCAUUCUCAAAGACCCAAAGAUGUCUGCCCGAAACCAAGUUAUAACCCAACAAAUAAGACAAGAUUGGAUCAACAGGGAAUAUAUUGAGGUCAUUACUAGUAAUAUCAAAAGGAUAGCAGAGUUCCUGAAUAGCUUCGACAUGUCAUGCAGAUCUAAGCUGAGCCAGCUGAAUGAGAAACUGACGACAUUAGAGCGGAGAAUUGAGUACCUAGAGGCUAGGGUCACCAAAGGGGAAACACUAAAUUGAUCUUGGCUUUGUAAUCUUGCAUUGGAAAGAAUAUAUAUUGGUUUUGUAAUCUACUUGCAAUGGAAAGUAAGGAAAAUCUUUUGCUUUGUAUAGUCACUACUUUCAACAAGUAUCAUAAAUGCCACUAUUACAUGGUAAUGUGUACCUUAUUUUACUUUUAAGUAAGCAUUAUGGCCGCAUGCAAAAAUGUAUGUGAACAUUUCAUCAGUUUAGACAUUAACCAGCAUAUGGUCACAAAAGUUAUACAUAAUGAAAAAAAUUAUUAUUUUUUUGUGUCUUAAUGCUGGUACAUAACUUGAAAACCAUUAUACCAAAUAGUUUUAAUUUCCAAAGAAACUGUGAAACAAUUUUGUGUAUAUAUUGUUUCUUCUGUUAAGUGACCUAACUGGAAUUAAUAUGCAAAAAGAUAUGACCUACUAACACACUAUUCAUAAUACCUGGAUUCUAUAAGUAAUAUGAGUUUCCCCUUUUUCAUACAAAAAUCAAAGUAUUCAAUGGAUGCACCUAUUCUGGAAUCCAGUGGAUAAAGCAAUGGAAUAUGUUCAUUUGUCUUAUUUGCUGGGAAAGCCUUCACCUAUUCUAUCAAAUUAUACAUGUAUUCACUUUUAAUUACUGUUCAUAUUUCCUACCUAAGUAUAUAACGGUACUUCUUUGUAAUAAAUACCCAUAAAAC